AUGACAUCAUCCAUCGUAGCCUGCGGAGUGCGGCGAGUCGCAGAGAAAUAGCGUCUCAGUAUAGGAAACCACCGCACGCCGAACUAACGUUCUAAAUAAUUUAAUUGUGUACUGUUAAUUACUCAUUUACAUCAUGGCCAACGUUUUAGAUGUGGCUACGGAGGAUAACCUCCAAUACCAGUUCUUCCCUGUUAGCAGUGGCUCCGUGCAGUUCAAAGUUCGCACACCUAAUGAUGCCCACGUUGCUCUCACAAUGGGACCUCAAGAGUCCGAUCCGAUGUACGAGAUUUUCAUUGGAGGAUGGGGAAACACAAAGAGCGUCAUCAGAAGAAACAGGACGAAACCAGACAAAGUUGAAAUUGAAACACCUGGCAUCGUAAACGGUGGUGAAUUCCGCGGCUUCUGGGUGCGUUGGGAUGGUGGCAUCGUGUCAGCAGGCCGCGAAGGAGAAGCAAUUCCCUUCAUCUCUUGGUCCGACCCUGAACCAUUCCCAGUUGCCUUUGUAGGAGUAUGCACUGGUUGGGGAGCGACUGGCACAUGGAAAAUCGAAGAUGGAGCGGAGUUCAAUACUCCAGACAACCUAGAGUAUAAAUUCGGCCCAGUCGCUGCUGGAUCUCUAGAACUGGAUUUCCGCGGUCCUCACAACUGCCACAUUUGUUUGACGCCUGCGCCUGCCGAAAUUGAACCAAUCUAUGAAAUUAUCCUCGGAGGAUGGGAAAACACUAAGUCUGUGAUUAGAUACUGCAAACAAAAACCUGAAAAGGUGACUGUCCCGACUCCGAGUCUUAUGAAUGCCAACGAGUUUAAAAAGUUCAUCAUUGAAUGGCGCUGUGGAAGAUUGACAAUUCGUGAUGGAAGUUCAGGCCAAGUUCUUAUGGAUUGGACCGAUUCUGCUCCAUUCCCAAUUACGCAUUUCGGUAUCCGCACCGGUUGGGGUGCUCGUGGCAAUUGGCGAAUCCGUCAUUUCUACAAAAAUGGCGUUGAACAAAUUCUGCCUCCAUCUGCUCCAGCAGCCGCGGCUUUAUACAGUCCCCCUCCCGGUUACCCAGGCGUCGCGCCCGUUGGUGGAGCUGGCGUGUGGGUGGACGCUAAUUCCGGCCAAGUACCCCCUGGUGCCGUCGUCGGUGGCCAAGACUGCUCUGGCGAACCUCUAUACGUAGCUAGAGCACAACACGAAGGUGCAAUGCUUCCUGGCAAAGUGGUAUCUUCACACGGAUGCGCGUAUGUGCCUUGGGGUGGACAGGAACACGGAAAGCCUGAAUAUCAAGUUCUGGUCGGUGGACCUGGCAACUGGGUACCUACCAGCGGCUCCAACAUUCCCCCAGGAGCAUUCCCCGGAGGUGAGACUGAAGACGGUGAGCCUCUCUUCAUUGGCAGGGUGCGCCAUGAAGGCAGCAUCACCACCGGCAAGGUGCAACAAUCCCACGGUGUAUGCUACAUCUCUUUCGCCGGACAAGAACUUGGUUUCCCUGAUUACGAAGUCCUGGUCGCCUAAGCAGCUUCAAGUAGAAGAAAGUUAUUAAUUCGCGCCUAAUCCAGCUGAAGAGCUUGUUAAUGCAAUUAUUACAAAUAAUAAGACUUAAAUUACCUAUGUACAUUUUUCACGCUAUUUUAUAAAUUAUUUAUUACGGGAUGUAUGCAUCAGCAUUAUACGUACGUAGUCAUCACUGAGUAUAUUUUAAAUAAAUUGUUGUGACAAA